AUGCCGAAAAAGGUAGCAAAAGUUGAUAGCGUUGACACAACCAAAGAAAUUUUAAAUCUUGAGUUAGAAGGAUAUUCACCGGGUAUUAGUGAUCGUGAUAGCAUUACAAUCUUGUUGAAACAUCUUUUCCCUAACGACUGUGUUAUCAAUGUUGAGAACCUUGCCGAAUAUAUUGUGUCACAAGACUCAAUUGGUACUGUAGUUAAACCUACAUGUGAUGAUGAAAGCGAUGAUGAUGAUGACGAUGAUAACAUAGUGUUUGCAGUGACCAGCGUGGUAGAUUUAAGCCAUGAGUCAGCUGUGAAACACUCCGUAGUCAAAGAUCUUAGGAACUUCAUCCUUGAGGGAGUUAAAAGUUCGAAAAACGUUCCGGCGAGAUGUAAGGUCGAGGAGCUUCUUGAGAAGGAUAUGGACUGCAAAUCAUUCCUUCUUAUUAAUGAACGGUUCGAAAACCUACCACUUUCUAUUUGUUCUGAAGCUAUUUCUUCCUUACCAUCUGAAUUUAAAUCCUCUGAUUUACUCCCUACUCAUCUCUUCAUAUUAUCAUGGGCAUAUUCAGAAGAAGUCAAAGACAGUGAUAAGAAAUACGAAUAUGCAUAUCCCGAAAUCGAAUUUGUUGUUCCCCAUGCUCUACAUGUAUUGGAAUUAGAUCAUAACAGUCUUACACUUCAUAGUGCAAAAAAGAAAAAAAGUAAUGAUGGCGAUGAUGAUGAAGGAACAAACGACUUUAGUACUUUGUUAUUGAUAAUUAUCCCAAUGGAUAGAUUCCAUGACAUGUUAACUUCCUUGGCUAGUCACGUGUAA